UCGAGCUUUGUGUUAAACGAAAUUUUGUAGAUAGAAGCUAAUUUAAAUAAACAAAGUCGUGUGUUGAGUAUUGAGUGAUAUAAUGGUGUUUACGGUAUCGAUGCGGCUUCGAAGAGUUCAAUAAACGCAAAACAUCCAAGUUACCCGAGUGCUUUAGUAUGUCAAUGAUUAUUGGUAAUCUACUUUAUGAAAUAUCAGUGAUUUUGCUGUGAAAAGACUUUGCAGUGUUGAUAUUUUUAGUAGUUUAAUAUGGAAAGCUCUAAUCUGCCCGAGAGGACUGUUCCAAUUCAAUAUAUGCGUGGAUCGCGGGCGUUCCGACAGUUCAAGAAUCCUCCUCAGCCUCAUAUGUGCAUACAAGAUACGAUCAAAGAAACUUCAGAGAAACUCUUCAUAAACGUGCUAGGAUGGCAGAAAAUCGUGAAUCCAAAACAUUAUUCAGACCCUAUCCCUCUGUAUGGAGGUAUGCAGGUACCACAAGGCUGCGGUCCCAACAGCAGCCGUCCUCCUCUACUGGUCUUUGCAGUGAUGGUUAAUCCGGACAUACUUAAGGCCAAUGGAAAGAAUGCCAGCAACCCUACUGAUCGAGAUGCGCUAGUCAGUCUGUUGUGCGAUUUUGUAGAAGCUAUGAACCCUGGAUUAGUAUUAGGCAGAGAACCAGUUAUCCUUAAGGAUCGGGACUUAGCUGGAGAACUAAAGGACGUCUGGCUCGCAGUCCAAAACAAGCGGGAACGGGAGAAAGGAAUGAAUCAGGAUGUUAUGUAUAAGGUGUACGACAUCGACGGAAUUGGCGUCGAAGAUCCAAAUGAAGAUGACAAAUUGAGAGAAAAACAAGACAAAAACUCGCCAACUCGGGGCGAGAAGAAACCAGUGAAAUCCUCCAAACAAAUACUCCUGAAUGCUGGACAGAAGUCAGAGUUUGACUCCGGAAUGAACAACUGCCAACUAAACAAUAGCUCAAGGGAAAGCAAGUGCAGUAAUUCAGACAAUACUACAUACUGCACACCUGUCUAUGGACAAAUAGUGUCCACUAGAGAAAAUCAUAAUGAAAUUAAUGAAAUACAACAAAAAUUUGCCUCUAGUGAACCAACCAAACCGUCAAGCUCAUUAGGAACAGACUUUGACCCAGCACAAACCAAAGAAGGCUGGGACGAAUUCCCUAAACGCAACAAACCAAUUAAAUCAGAAACUGACAAGAAAAAGUGUUCUAAAGAUAAAUCAAAAGUCAGUAAUGGUAAAGCCCAUUUUGACUUCUUCCCAGUUUUCGACAAUAAAGCCAACGAUGGCGCGUUAACGUGUGGCCAAACAUUGGAAUGUUCGGAUAGUACAGAAGUUGAUUGCGAUAAACAAAUUAAUGUUGACAAUUCUAAAAUAAUUCUAGACCCAAUGCAGAAACUAGUUCUGCAUUCGACUGAUAAUAAAAUAUGUGAUAAUAAGCCAAGUGCUCUCAGCUCGUUGAGUUCUUAAUCUUAAAGCUUUUACAAACUUUUGUAUUGCAGUUAUUUAAACAUGUAAAGGCUUAAAUGCUGUUUUAUGAGACAUGUUAAUGUGAAAUGUAACCACAGUCUGGUGUGAGCAAUAUUGUAUUACUAGUCAAGCCCUUUGCAUUGAUACAAGUUUUUGAAGAUUCACCUCUUGCAGAUUAUUCGCAAAAUUAUAUCUUUUUAUAUUGAUUAAUUGCACAAAUGAACUCCUGUUUCGAGUUUUUUGGGUAUGUUAAAGCAAAUUUUAGAUUCGAGAGAGUGUAUCCCAAAAUUUUAUGUACAGAUGCAGCUUAAUGGCAGCGGGAUCAAAAUAGAUUGUAAGAUUAAUUUAUAGCAACUACUGUGCACAACGUGUUCAGAUUAUUAUUUUGGUUGGAACGGUGAACCGUCAGAAUAUAUUUGAAGUUGUUAAAUUCUUGCAUGCCAGGUGUUUGAGAGCUCUUACUGUUUAAUGGUUGUGUAUAUUCCCUCAUCUCAUUGUACAAAUGGGACAGAAUAUCCACUAUAUGACGUGCGUGCGUGUAUGCUAGAAAAAUUUAUGCAAUUUGCUAUAAUAUUAUAUUUAAUUGUUGCCAAUUUACUGUAAAAUAUACCUAGAAGUUCUUUUUAAUUGAAGUAAGAAAUUUUUGAAAUCGAUUGCUCAUAGGUUAUUCUAAACUUUAUAUUUCGUUUUAACUCUUCGAUGACCAAUGCUGUAUCUAAAAAUUUGACAAUAUAAUCUAUUGAAGUAUUAACGCCUGUGCUACGUUCAUCACUGCCAAAUGUAUACCUACUACAGCUGGAUAUACAAAAAGCACUCUUAGAAAUAAAAAAAAUACUCAUUUUCGUAAGCCCGCUCGAAUAUUUUUUAUAAAAUAUGUUUUUUUACAAUUGACUACAUUUCCCGUAAGCAUCACGGACGAAUUUAAAAAAUUCGAUUGUUUUAACUUUGUACAGAUAGAUCAGCUACUGUACAGAAGCCGGCAAACAUCUUAGUAAAUGACCUUGAAUGUACAGAAAUGCAUUUUAGGUCUCUUGGAUAGUGAAGUGCGGUUAGCGAAGUCGGAGAGUAUUGUAUCGACCGCGCGAUUGUUACAUCAGUCGACUCUUGCCUCCUGCGUCUACGUCUCACUGAAAUCCCGGAUACAGUCGCGCGCAUUAAGCUGUAUUUUUUGCAGAUUCCCAGAAAGACAGAAAAAUAAAAAAAUAAGAUAAUUAUAUUGCACGAAAGUGUACGUGAGCCGACUCUUUACUACACUACUUUUUGCUCAAGAUGUUUGCCGGUUUCUGUAAUAUGAGUUGUGUCGCUAGCGUGUCUCGCUGCUGAAAGUUCUUUUGACGUUUUUCUACAUCGUAACGUUAGUCCUAUUUCCUUAUUACGGAUAAAUUGAUCGAUCUGUAACAGAUUUAAGAAUUUACCAAUGUCGGUUGUAUAAAAAUAUAUAUUUUUUAUUUUUACAACUCUUGAUGUGCAAUGUCUUUGGUUCUAUAUGUUCUUAUUUAUUCGCUUAUAAUAUUUUUAACUAGUUAGAUAUAUUUCGAUUAUUACGAGUAGCUACUACGUAAUAAUUUAAUCGUAUUAUUACGUAGUUUUACUUUUUUGGCUUAUGAAGAUCUCAGAUUAACAUGAAAUGUAUUUUAACUGAAAAGAAAAACAGGAACAACAAUACUGUUCAACAAGCAAAACCUUCAAUUAAU